CAUCAUCAUCAUCAUCAUCAUCACCAUCAUCAUCAUCACCAUCAUCAUCAUCAUCAUCAUCAUCAUCAUCAUCAUCAUCAUCACCAUCAUGAUCACCGCCUCCUUCUCCCACAUGGACCGGAACCACGCAGCGCCACGUGACCCUGCAGAGCUCCGGACUGAGCGAGCUGCUCAGACCGCAUCAGCAUCAGCAUCAGCAUCAUGUCUGCGGAGGAUGCGGCCGCGCGGUCCGGAACCGGAGCCCCUCAUCAUCACCACCAUCCUCCUCCUCAUCCUCUGUCUCCGUCCUCCGGUCUCCUGCUGGUCCUCUCUCUGUCCGCCUCUCUGCUGCCGGUCCCGGCGCACGGCUUGCUGGGGUUCCGUCCGGAGGAGACCGGAUCGGAUCUGUCGGUGUCGGACGGGGUUCUGAGAGCCACGGAGGGGACCCGGUUCAUGCUGCGGGUCUACUACUCCUCCAGCUCCCCGCAGAGGCUCAACCGGACCGCAGCGACCCGGGCCAACACCGCCGCGCCCUGGGUCGCCUUCAUCGAGGAGCCGAGUCCGGGUCGGGAGGGACAGGUCCACCCGAAGCGGAACAUGUGCAUGGACAAGGACGCACGGACGUCCGACAUCGAGGUUCUGGGUUCCUUCAGGUCCGCGUCCAGUCAGAACUCGGUUCUGGUGGAGCUGCUGGCCAAGGAGCUCCGCAGAGGAGAGCGGAUCAAGUACUACUCCAUGUGCGCCUUCGACGGGUCCAAGUGGGCCCACUACCGGACCCGGGACUUCUGGGUGUCCGUGGUGGAGCGGACCGCGGAACCGGAGCUCUGGCUGCAGGUCCUGGUCUCCGUCUUGCUGCUGGCACUGUCGGCUCUGUUCAGCGGGCUGAACCUGAGCCUGCUGGCUCUGGACCCGGUGGAGCUGCAGGUCCUGCAGAACAGCGGAACCGACCAGGAGCAGAACUACGCGCGCAAGAUCGAGUGUGUGCGUCGUCAUGGGAACUACGUGUUGUGCACGCUGCUGCUCGGCACCGCCAUCAUCAACGCGUCUCUGGCCGUGUGGAUGUGUCAGAUCCUGGGGAUGACCUGGACCUCCACGGUGCUCUGCGCCUUCAGCAUCUUCUUCAUCGGAGAGAUCCUGCCUCACUCCGUGGCGUCGCGGCACGGCCUGGCCAUCGCCUCCAGAACCAUCUGGGUCACCAGGCUCCUGAUGGUCCUCAGCUUCCCCAUCUCAUACCCCAUCAGCAAGCUGCUGGACCUCAUCCUCAACCAGGAGAUCUCCAACUUCUACACCCGAGAGAAGCUGCUGGAGAUGCUGCGCGUCACGGACCCGUACCACGACCUGGUCAAAGAGGAGCUGAACAUCAUCCAGGGCGCGCUGGAGCUCCGGACCAAGACCGUGGAGGACGUCCUGACUCCGCUCGGAGACUGCUUCAUGCUGGCCUCGGACCUGGUGCUGGACUUCAACACCAUGUCGGACAUGAUGCAGAGCGGCUACACGCGCAUCCCGGUGUUCGAGAACGAGCGCUCCAACAUCGUGGACGUCCUGUUCGUGAAGGACCUGGCCUUCGUGGACCCGGACGACUGCACCCCCCUCAAGACCAUCACCCAGUUCUACAAACACCCGCUGCACUGCGUCUUCAACGACACCAAGCUGGACGCCAUGCUGGAGGAGUUUAAGAAAGGGAAGUCCCACCUCGCCAUCGUGCAGCGGGUGAACAACGAGGGCGAGGGCGACCCUUUCUACGAGGUGUUGGGCAUCGUCACGCUGGAGGACGUCAUCGAGGAAAUCAUCAAGUCAGAGAUCCUCGACGAGACUGACCUCUACACUGAUAACCGUACGAAGCGUCGGGUUUCUCACCACGAGCGGAAGCAGCAGGACUUCUCCAUCUUCAAACUGUCAGAGAACGAGAUGAAAGUGAACAUUUCCCCUCAGCUUCUCCUGGCAACGCACCGCUUCCUGUCCACAGAGGUGGAGCCCUUCAAACCAGCUCACAUCUCAGAGAAGAUCCUGUUGAGGCUCAUCAAACACCCCAGCGUGGUUGAGGAACUCAAGUUCGAUGAGAAGAACAAGCGAGCGUCGCAGCACUUCCUGUUUCAGCGCAACAAACCGGUGGACUACUUCAUCCUGGUCCUGCAGGGUCGAGUCGAGGUGGAGUUCGGUAAGGAGGCGCUGAAGUUUGAGAACGGAGCUUUUUCUUACUUUGGGGUUCCUUCCAUCAUGCCAGCAGUCCACAGAUCUCCGUCUCGCAGCAGUGGUCUGGACCGCUCUGAGUCCAUGCUGUACGGAGGGAGCAUGGGCCAGCUGAACGGAGGGGCGAACGUCUACCUGCCAGACUACUCCGUCAGACAGCUCACACACCUGCAGAUCAUCAAGAUUACCCGCAGCCACUACCAGAACGCUGUGACGGCCACCCGGAUGGACAGCUCUCCUCUGACGCCCGAUGCCGACGCCCGUCUGGCGGAAGGCGACACCCCGACCCCAGAGCCCCCGGCCGCAGAGCACGGCGCCACGCCGGAGCACACCACCACCUCCACCACCACCACCACCCUCAUGCCCCCACCCAGGGAGACCGGCCGGCCCAGCUCGGCCCGGACCCGAGGACAGCAGUCCAGCGUCCCACACAGCACCUCGCUGCUCAACGAGAAGAACCGCAUCGUCCGCAGCAAGUCGGACGGCCAGAAGAGUCCCAGCGAUUCAGUGUUUCUCAGGAUGGAUGAGAUCCCGUACAUCAAGGAGGACAGAUCUGAGGGUGACGCUCACGCUGACAUGGCCUCUGUUCCCAUAGAAACGGACACGUCUCCUUUCAUCAGCAGCCUGUCGCUGAGCGGCUCAGAGGACACACUGGGCAAGAAACUCCUGCUCAAACUCAGCCACAAGAAGAGGAAAAAAUCCCGCGAAGGAGAAAAGACACCAGAGGACAUUUCAGAGCAGCCGCUGGUGAAAACCUGACCUGAAGCCUCCAUCGCCAUCGCCAUCACCUGAUGGCGCUUUAAGCUGUUCGUACAGACGACGUGGUCGGUGAACUACAGCUAUCAGAGUUUUAUCUGAACCUGUAGGAGGUUAUGAAGUUGGACCCAUCACCAGGAAAACACUGAACACCAUUUUAUAACAGAAAGAAAAAGCUUUGGCAAUAUGCAUUAAACUGUAGCUUCUCAUCUUCACAGGUUCCUCAUGCCGAUGCUUGUAUAUAACGGAAUGACUGUGAAUGUAAAAUGUUUGUAGAGAAAAUCAUAGUUUUUAUACACUACUGUAUAUACUCUCCUCAUGUGAUCACUUCUCCAGCGGAGCUGAAACGGUACCCAGGAAACGGAUGGAAGACACCAAAGAUGUUGCUGUUUUUGUACAUAAAAUUGCUCCAGAUUGCACAUCUCAACAGAACAGAAGUCAACUUUGUGUUCAGGCUUUUGAUUUGAAAGGUCGCCUGAUUCACGUUGUUUGUUUCCUGCUGAUUAGAUCUGAACAACAAA